AUGACGUUUACGAGCGAAAGAGAAGGAGAAAAGGAGAAGAACACGAACAACGGCGAAGAAGAGGAGGAAAUUCCAAGCGUGGUAACCAUUCACGUCCCGCAACAACAACAGUACGCAUCCGUGAGAGAAGAAAUCGAAGCGAAAGUUCCAUUCGUGACACGGAGAAGUCGGUCAAUUCGAAUCAACUUCAAAUUCGACGGUUUGAUCAAAGACAAACGCGAGUGUAAUAUUAAUACCGAUGGGGCUUUGAUAUCGAGUUUGUAUGCAAAUGUGGACGUUUUACCUAUACUCGAGAUGAUUUAUGAUUCCAUCGCGAGGGAGGAAGCGACGUGCGCGAAAGACGCGAUUGUGGUGUUGAGAGAUUCGCCGUAUUGGGACGGCGAGAGGAGAGAUGAUGAUGAUGAUGAUGAUGAUUAUGAUAUUUCUGGUGCAAAAAGAGGAGAAGAGAAAACGCAGAGAAAUGCUUUUACAAAACGAUUCGACAACGUUUGCGUCGGCGGCACGUUCGACCACGCGCACGCCGGUCACCGAUGGCUCUUAGCCGCCGCGGUCGCGGUGACCGAGAAACGCUUAGACGUCGGCAUCACCGGCGAAGCGUUGCUGGAGAACAAAAAAUACAAAGAGUAUCUCCAACCGUACGAACGGCGAGAACAGUUUUGUAAAGACUUCGUCAAAGCCGCCGCGCCGGUUGGUUUACAAGUAAACUUUGGCCCUCUGGAUGAAAAUUGGCCUAUAGCCGCCACUCGAGAGGACGUAAACGCUUUAGUCGUCUCCGAGGAAACCGUCCAAGGCGCGGAAAAGAUCAACGAAGAAAGGAAAAAGCGAGGGUUUAAACCGUUGGAAUUGAUCGUACUCGACGUGCUCGGGAAGGAAACAUCAUCGGAAAAUGGAGAUUUUGAGAGUAAACUGAGCAGCACGCGAUUGAGAGAACUCGAACAUAUCGAGAAGAGGACGAGAGAGAAAGAUGAGUAG